CCUACCGCUCAUGCUGUGAUAUGAUUUGACAGAUUGUCAACUCAUCUCUGCAAUGCAGAGGUUAUCGGGGAAACAGGUUUAAUUGUUUAAAUAGAACGAGAAAAGCCUGACGCUCCUGACUUACUAAUCAUCCAGAUAUAAAGAAAAAUAUAAUAAUAAUAAGAGAUGUGAAAGCGCCCUGAUGCGCGUCCCCGAUUCAAUGUCAAGCGCGUCCCCGCCCCUACCGGUUUUGCUCCCUUUUCUUCAAGCUCAUUUCCAUGACGUCUGAAAGACCUGAUCGGGGUAAAAUGAUUCUUCGUUAUGAUCCAGCAUCCAAGUGAUGUACUGGUGCACUGGAAAGCAGCAUCAGAGCUCUAAGCAGUAGAUUCUCCUGUUAGUCCAUUGAGCGUGCCUCGCAGCAGACCUGCAUUCUAAACAACCCUAUAGAAAACAGGAAUUACAUUCCCAUCACGUCUCCAGUUUUUUGGGUUUUUUUUGUUUGUUUGUUUUUUGUUUCUUCAGCCAUCAGAGAGAGAGAGAGAGAGAGAGAGAGAGAGAGAGAGAGAGAGAGAGAGAGAGAGAGAGAGAGAGAGAGAGAGACCCAGCAAUCUUUAAAGUAGUCUUUUUUGGAUGCUCUAAAAUUCUACUGCAAAAGGAUUCAGUCUGCAGCUUGUUGGGACCUUCUGUUUUUCUCAAAUACAGGAUUUCUAGCACUCUAAAGUUCGACCCCGAUAAUAUUUUUAAAAUGUUGUGAAGCAGUUUUCAAUUAUUACACAGUUUUAUCUGUUCUUCAAAGAAGGAUGCUGUGGAUAACUCUAUUAAGCACAAUAGCUCUAGGAUGGACUACACCAAUCCCCUUGCUGGAGGACUCAGAGGAAAUAGAUGAGCCUUGUUUUGACCCCUGUUACUGUGAAGUAAAAGAAAGCAUUUUCCAUGUACAUUGCGACAGCAAAGGAUUUACAAAUAUCAGUCAGAUUUCACAGUUAUGGUCGAGGCCAUUUAAACUUUACCUGCAGAGGAACUCCAUGAGAAAGCUGUAUUUUAACAGUUUUCUUCAUUUGAACAACGCUGUGUCGAUCAACUUAGGUAACAACGCACUGCAGGACAUUCAUGCCGGUGCUUUUAAUGGCUUGAAUAUUUUAAAAAGGUUGUAUCUCCACGAAAACAAACUGGAGGUGUUCCGAAAUGACACUUUCAGGGGGUUAGAAAGUCUGGAAUAUCUUCAGGCCGAUUAUAACAUUAUUAAAAGAAUCGAAAGUGGAGCAUUUAGGAAUUUGAGUAAACUAAGGGUACUCAUACUGAAUGACAAUUUGAUCCCUAUGCUACCAAACUUUUUAUUCCGGUCUGUGUCUUUAACACACCUUGAUUUGAGAGGAAACCGGUUAAAAACCCUGGCUUACAGGGGCAUGUUGGAAUACAUUGGCAGGAGCCUUAUGGAGAUCCAACUGGAAGAAAAUCCAUGGAACUGUAACUGCGAGAUUGUCCAGCUGAAAACAUGGCUGGAACGUGUCCCUUACACAGCUCUGGUUGGGGAGAUUACAUGCGAGUCGCCCUUUCACUUUCACGGCAAAGAUUUAAGGGAAAUUAAAAGAAGUGAAUUGUGUCCUCUGCUGUCUGAAUCCGAGAUUGAAGCUAGUCUCGGAAUACCACGUCUGCUAUUUAAUAAUGAGAAUGCAUGGCCUACAAAACCAUCUUCCAUGCUGUCUUCUUACCAUAACACAGCCUCUUCAGUUGAAUAUAAGACAUCUGACAAACAGCCAAGACCGACAAAAAAACCUAGACUACAUAGAAUGCCACCAACCCCUCGCAGUAUUUACCCAGGGCCAAAUCAGCCUCCUAUAGCUGCUUACCAGACAAGACCGCCUAUACCAAUCAUUUGCCCCACUGGGUGUACUUGUAAUUUACACAUUAACGAUUUAGGAUUGACAGUUAAUUGCAAAGAAAAGGGGUUUCGUAAUAUAUCUGAACUCCUUCCCAGACCACUAAAUGCAAAGAAACUGUACUUAAGUGGAAAUUUAAUACAAAAAAUAUACAGAUCUGAUUUUUGGAACUUUUCAAGUUUGGAUUUACUUCAUCUGGGUAAUAACAGGAUAUCUUCUGUUCAAGACGGGGCUUUCAUUAAUCUUCCCAAUUUAAAAAGCCUAUACUUAAAUGGGAAUGACAUCGAAAGACUAACGCCUGGCAUGUUCAGGGGCUUACAGACAUUACGCUACCUGUACUUUGAAUACAACGUCAUAAGAGAAAUACAGCCUGCUGCAUUUAGUUUGAUGCCCAGUCUUCAGCUGCUGUUUCUCAAUAACAACCUACUCAGAACGCUGCCAACCGACGCUUUUGCAGGCACUUCUCUUGCCAGGCUGAAUCUAAGAAAUAACUACUUUCUGUAUUUGCCAGUGAGUGGAGUACUUGAGCACCUGAAUUCCAUUGUACAGAUUGAUCUGCACCAGAACCCCUGGGAUUGCACAUGCGACAUAAUACCCCUAAAACAGUGGAUGGAAAAGCUUAGCUCUGUUAUAAUGGUGGGAGAGGUAUUAUGCAAAACACCAGAGUUUGUGUUUGGGAAGGAUUUGAGGUCUCUUGAAAUCGAUCUGCUGUGCCCAGAAUUGAAGUAUGUUACAGUAUCACCUGCUUUGCCCGAUGAUAUGAUCUCAGCCACUGAUUCUGGGCUAGGAUUCUCUCCAACAAGGGGUGCUAUCCCUCUUUCUGUUCUCAUACUGAGUCUUCUAAUCCUAUUCAUCUCCGCUGUUUUCAUUGCCGCUGGACUCUUUGCUUUUGUGUUAAGGAGGCGAAAGAAACUGCCCUUCAGGACAAAACAGGAAGUAGAACUGACUGGCAUUCAAAUGCAAUGCAGGAUAUUCGAGGAAAGACAAAAUGCAUCUCCGGAGAAAACUCCUGGUCACGUAUAUGAUUACAUACCCCAUCCCGUGACAGAAAUGUGUAACAACCCCAUAUACAAACCCCGAGAAGGGGAAAUGGAGGAGCAAUUUGUCGAGACUAAAGAAAAUAAUACAAACUAUAGGACUUUAAUAGAGAAAGAGAAAGAGUGGGCAAUGGCAGUAUCCAAUUCCCAGCUUAACACUAUAGUUACAAUAAAUCAGUCGGGGGACAUAGCAGGUUUUCACGAAAAUGGUGUUCUAUGUCCAAAUGUUAUAGAGAGAGAACGGCCAUCUCCGACAGUGGGCUUUGUAGACUGUCUUUAUGGCACAGUUCCCAAGCUAAAGGACUUGCACGCACACCCUCCUGGAAUGCAGUAUCCCGAUUUACAGCAAGACACCAGGCUGAAAGAAACACUCCUUUUCAACCCUGGAAAGGGAUUUCCUGACCAAACCCAAAGCGAAUACCUCGAGUUAAGGGCCAAACUCCAAACCAAGCCGGAUUACCUCGAAGUCCUGGAAAAAGCAACAUAUCGAUUCUAGUUACAGAACCUUUUUUUUUUCAUAGCCCAAAAAGCAGCAUGAUAAAAAAUAUUAAAAUAAAUAUUUUCCCCAAAUUGCUUUGGAGGAAAGGCCAUACUCAGAUAUUCAAUGAAGUGCCUUUACAGAGUAGCCAGCAAUGUUAUCAAUCAUUAUUUUUUUUUUUACUGAACAGAGAUUUGACUUUGCCGACUGAGGCAUGUGAAGCUGUUAAUUCUCAAUACUAGAACAUGCCUUCAUUCAGUUGGUAGACAUUUCUUGUACUUGAAGGAGGAAACAUAUUGUCUCAGUGGCUGUCUUAUGUAGAAAUGCCCAAGGCUUAGUUUGUAGAUUAAUGCAGUUUUCUGCAUGUUAAAACUGCAGGGGUUGGUAUUUCUCAAAUGAUCAUACACUUAACAAUGGAGUUACUGCAACGUUCUGUUGUUCAAUGUUCUAUUUAAUUUUAUAUAUACAUGGACAAACGCGCAUUGUCUCAAAGACGCACCUAAGGAUCAACAUUUGUGAAUACAUGACGUUUAACAUUUUCUGGAGGUCAACGCAAUUUCUUAAAAGCUACUGGAUAUUUAUCACUAACAGCUUUGUAGGAAGCACUUUUAAUGUUUUCUCUCUCACAAAGAUUUGAAAAAAAAUGUGCAUAUAUUUAUUCUGUAAUUUCAGUGGAAAUUAAUUGUAAAGGCAAUGUUAAAUCAAUGUAUAGUGAUUAUGCGUCUGGUAUACCCUUCUUAAUAAAACCUCUUUAAUCAAAUUAAGGGUGCUAAAACAUAACCUUUGUGACAAACACAAGUUAAAACUAUUCAAGGUAGGUGAAUAGAAAGAUAUCCGUUUAUUUAUAUUAUUUAUAUCUAUCUUUUUUUUUAAAUGCCAGUGUAAUUUUGGACUUUGUUCAGUUAAAGUAUUUAGCUAAUUCUGCUGUACUAUAUAUUAAUAUUUUAUUUUAGAAGCCUAUUGCAAAUAACCAGUACUGUUCAUAAAGCAAGGGCUCUUUAGUGCUGUUUCUGCAAUAUUAAUAAGAUGGCAUGUUUUACUAGCUUCAAGAUCAAGAUACACAUUGGUAACGCUCGAAAUGAGAAGACUGAGCAUCAAACUAAAGGAUCUUUACUUUAAUGGUAUCAUGUUAAUGUGGCAUUUUGAUUGGAAUUGUUCUAGUCCUAGUGGUGAAUUUACUUGAAAUGUUUUCCUGCAAACUGUAAGUAAGCAGUUGCCCACCAGAGGGUGCCUAGUAAACAGCACAUUUCAUGAUUGUGUGUUAAUACAUUGAGUGUGCUAUAUAUUAAAGUUACACCAGUGUUAAAAUCAGUAAAAAAAAAAUGAAGCACCAUACUUGCAUUGAAACUGUUAUAAAACGUAAUU